AUCUCACGCUCAAUUACUCUCUCUCUCUAUUAUUUCUCUUCUUUCUUUAAUCUUCAUCUUCUUCAAUUGAUCAUUUUCCCCAUUAAAGAAACCUUAAUUUGAUUUGUAUGUUCCAACAAUAUUAUCUCCUCUAGUGUUGUAAUACGUUCUAAAAUGGGAAGCUGUUCAAAUAUGAUGGUAGUCAUGAUGCUAACAGUGGUUUGCAGCAGAGUUAAUGGUUGUAGCGGGAAGGAUUCCAGAUGCGGUCACCACGGCCCGCAUAUCCGAUUUCCAUUCUAUUUUAAAAAUAGUGAAACAGAACAUGGAUGUGGUUAUAAAGGCUUUGGUCUUACUUGUUCAAACGAACACAAAACUCUGAUUGAGCUUCCUUCACAAUCUGGUCCAAUUAUACUCCAAGUCAAAAGUAUAAAUUAUCAAGACCAAUAUCUAAUCGCAUGUGACCCUGAAAAUUGCUUUGCUGGAAAGCUUCUUAAACUCUACCGAUCACAAAUGUCUACUUUUCAGUUCUAUAAGGAACCUGAAGACACUUAUAAUAAAUACCGUUUCCUCAAUUGUACCUCAUUACCCUGCCAGGUUUAUGUUGUUCAGUCUAGCAGCAAUUUCCUUCGUUCGGGUUUUGAUCCAAUACUCUGCACCACAACUCCAGAUAUUAUUUCUUCACCGUACGUGCCGGUAGAGGAGGAUCAGAAUGAUUGCUUGGGUUUGACAUGGUCGAAACCCAAUUGUAGCAUGUGUGAAAUACAAGGCAAGAUUUGUAAACCCAAAAAUAACGGAACUGGAGACGAGAUAGAAUGUCUUGACCGUCAUCACAAACCAAUUAAGAAGAUACUUCUAUAUAUCACAGUUGCGUUAGUUGGUGCAGUUAUGACGAUGUUGAUUCUUAGGACAUGUUUGCGUCUCUAUAACUAUUUCAAAACAAAGAGUGAAGACGAGACUAGAAUUGAAAAGUUUUUAGAGGAUUAUCGGGCGCUCAAUCCCACGAGAUUCUCUUUUGCGGAUAUAAGGCGGAUUACAAAUAACUUUAGAGAAGAGUUAGGUGAAGGGGCUCAUGGCGCUGUAUUCAAAGGUAAAUUAUCGAAUGAAAUUCUGGUGGCUGUGAAGAUGCUAAAAAACACAGUGGGGGAUGGAAAAGAGUUUAUCAAUGAAGUGAAAGCUAUGGGAAAAAUUCAUCACAUUAAUAUAGUUCGUUUGGUUGGAUUCUGCGCGGAUGGAUCUUAUCGUGCUCUUGUUUAUAAUUUCUUUUCAAACGGCUCGUUACAAAACUUCAUAACCCAACCUAAAAACAUUGAUAAUUUUUUAGGUUGGAAAAUGCUAGAACAAAUAGCUCUUGGCAUAGCUAAAGGUAUUGAGUACCUUCACACGAGUUGUGAUCAACGAAUUCUUCACUUUGAUAUUAAUCCCCACAACGUGUUAUUAGACGACAAGUUUGUUCCAAAGAUUACAGAUUUUGGUUUGGCUAAAUUGUGUUCUAAAACUGAAAGCAUAGUUUCAGUAACUGCUGCGAGAGGGACUCUGGGUUACAUUGCGCCUGAAGUAUUUUCGAGGAACUUUGGAAAUGUAUCAUAUAAAGCUGACAUAUAUAGUUAUGGGAUGUUACUGCUUGAAAUGGUUGGAGAAAGAAAGAGUAUAAGUCAGUUUUCAGAGGAAAAUUUUAAAGUUUUGUAUCUAGAAUGGGUUCAGAAUUUUCUUGAAGGGCGCGAUAUGCAAUUGAAGAUUGAGAAAGCAGGAGAUGAUGUAAUUUUAAAGGUAGGAUUGUGGUGUAUUCAGUGGAAUCCGAUAAAUCGUCCAUCCAUAAAAGGUGUGCUACAAAUGUUAGAAGCUCAAGAAGAUGGAAAUUUGAUUGUGCCUCCAAACCCUUUCAACUCUACAAUUUUGAAAAAUGGUGAAAUCUCGAAAAAGUAUUCAACUUUAGAGUUAGAGUCUAUACAUGAAUGAGAUAAGAUAUGGUUGUCACAUUAGAAAAUAUCAGGUGCGACAAGAUUAACAUUUUAUAUAUUUUUUAGUUGCAGCGUUAAUCUUGAGGCAUUUAAAUAACACUACCUCAUUGGAGUAGAUGUAGUCUUUAAUGUUUUUUUUAUGACAUCUUCAUCAUCAACAAACAUUGAAUAACUGUAUUAGCAAGAUGAAAAUAAUCAGCAUGUUUGGUAUUCACAUUAGGGAAAGAAAUGGUGAAAAAAUGAAAAUAUGUCAUGUGAAGUGUUCAUGUAAAGUUCCCAAUAUUGUAUUACUAACUAGUUAGCAUUGAAUUGAUCAUGGUUGAAUGGAACAUAUUU